AUGUCAGCCACGCACAACACCCUAGAUGCCGCUGCCAUCGACAGAAAAGCUCGCCUGGCUAAACUCGCAUCUCUGAAGCGCAAGCAGCCUGACUCCCAUUCUACAGUUUCGAGCCUGCAAGCAGACACCGAGGAAGGAGACAAGGAGACACCGCCUUAUUCCACCACUGAUCAGUAUCUCUCCGGCCGAAACUACGAUCUAGCAACGAAAAACGCCAAACUUGGAUUCGAAAAUGCCCCCAUUGGUGCCGACGCCGAGACUGUUGAAGAGCAGGCCGAUCGCAUCCUUGCAACUACUGCAGAGCAAGCCGCGAAAGAUGAGCUGGAAGCAGAGAAGGGUAUUGACUUGUUCAAGCUGCAGCCGAGGAAGCCAAACUGGGACUUGAAAAGAGACUUGGCGGAGAAGAUGAAGAUCCUGGAUGUACGGACACAAAACGCCAUUGCACGUCUGGUGAGAGAACGCAUCGAGAAUACGAAGAAACAGGCUUUGGAGAAGAAGGCCGUUCAAACGCAGCCUACGGCCGAGAAGGGAGAGGAGGCAGAGGAGGUGGGCAUGGAGGGCAAUACGCUUGUCGAGAGCAUACAUUUGCGAGAACAGGAGGAAGAGCGAGAAGCUGCUCUCGAGAAUGAAGAAGAUGGUAUUCCGUGA